GGCAUGAGCGGGCGUCGGCAGCCCUAGCAUCCCGCUCCUCCGGCACCGCCUGCGGUGACGGGUGCUCCCUGAGCCGGGGUAGGGGCCAUGAAGCCGAAUCCGGUCGGGCCGGCGAGGGAGCUGGAGCCGCAGGCGCCGGGCCGGGGCGAGCAGCGCGCGGUGGAGCCCGAGGGGCGCUGGCGAGACAAGGGCGAGGUGGACACGGAGCGGCAGCGCACCCGGGAGCGGCAGGAGGCCACGCUGGCUGGGCUGGCGGAGCUGGAGUACCUGCGCCAGCGCCAGGAGCUGCUGGUUCGGGGCGCCCUGCACGAGGCCGGGGCUGCCGCGCCCCGCGCCGGGGAGCUCUCGGAAGAGGCGGCGCAGCGCAGCCGCCUGGAGGAGAAGUUCUUGGAGGAGAACAUCUUGCUGCUGCGGAAGCAGUUGAACUGUUUGAGGAGAAGAGAUGCUGGCUUGCUGAAUCAGCUGCAGGAACUCGACAAGCAGAUCAGCGACCUGAGACUGGAUGUGGAGAAGACGGCAGAGGAGCACGGAGAGACGGACAGCCGGCCCAGCUCGGGAUUUUAUGAGCUGAGUGACGGGGCCUCUGGAUCCCUUUCCAAUUCCUCUAACUCCGUCUUCAGUGAGUGUUUAUCCACUUGUCAUCCCAGCACCUGCUUUUGCAGCCCCUUGGAGGCGACCUUGACCAUCUCAGAUGGUUGUCCCAAGUCGACAGAUCUCCUAAGACGGCUGGACUGUAAAGAGGCCCAGCGUGAUGACCAGGCCUCGGGGGCUGGGGGCCGUCCCCCCUGCACACUACACUUUAACGUCCUUGAUGUCAUUGCAGAUGUACACCCCAAGUACCAGUGUGAUCUGGUGUCUAAAAACGGCAGCGACGUGUAUCGCUACCCUAGCCCGCUGCACGCGGUGGCCGUGCAGAGUCCCAUGUUCCUCUGCCUCACGGGCGGCCCUCUGAAGGACGAGGAGCGACUCAGCGGGAACCACCCUGUCGCAGCUGGGACCCCCGGUGUGGGGUCCGACCCGGAGGCCAUCAAGACUGACAGUUCCCUGCCAUCUCCCGGCAGCUCAUGGCCUACCCCCCAUCCCUCCUCCAGCAAGAAGAUGGACGGCUACAUUCUGAGCCUGGUCCAGAAGAAGACACACCCCGUGAGGACCAACAAGCCCCGAACCAGUGUGAACGCGGACCCCAUGAAAGGGCUGCUGAGGAACGCCAGUGUGUGUGUGAGGGUGGCAGGAGGUGUUGCCCACCCGGGCAGCGGGGCCAACCUCAAGAAUCCCAAGCAGACCUGUGUGCCCGCUGGUGGGAUACCCUCUCUGGACAGUGGACCAUUCCCCGCACCCAAGCAGUGGGCCAAAGAAUCAAAGGUGGAACAGCUGGAAAGCAAGCGGCCGCCCCUGCCUGAGGGCAGCUUGCCUGGCACUGCCUCUUCAGAGCUUCAGAGCAAACACCUGGCCAAAACGGCCAAGCCGGCCCCUCCGGAGCCUGCAUGGUGUCCCCCCGCAGGGUCCGGGGAGCCCCUGAAGGAUGCCGCCACCGCUGGGGUGCACAUCCCGGCCACCUCGCCACUAGACAGUCCUCCCAGGAGCGCAGCACCCCUGCUGGAGAACAAAAUGCCCCAGCCCACGAAGAAGGCGUCCCAGAAAAACAGCCUGCAGGCCGGGCCUCCUCCGGCCACCGCCGCCGCUGCUGCCCCUCCGCUGCUGACCCCUGCCUUCCCGGUGGAGGACAGGCCGAGUCUGGAUUUCAAAAGUGAGGGCUCCUCUUCCCAAAGCCUCGAGGAGGGGCACCUGGUGAAGGCUCAGUUCAUCCCCGGGCAGCAGGCGGGCGGCAGGCCGCAACGGGCCCACCGGAACGCGGGUGUGGCCAGGGGCGCCACCCUGAGGGCCCGCGGCCUGGCCUCGCAGGGACUGGAGGGCGGGCUGCCCACGGUCAGGGAGAAAACCCGGGCGGCCGGCAAGAAGUGCCGCUUCCCCGACGACUUGGAUACAAAUAAGAGACUCAAGAAAGCCACCAGCAAGGGGAGGAAGAGCGUGGGUGGCGUGGGGCAGCCCGACAGCGGCCUGCCCGCUAGGCCCGUGGGCGGGGGCGCCGGCCACAGGGCGGGCACCAGGGCGCACGGCCACGGCCACGGCCGGGAGGCAGUGGUGGCCAAACCUAAGCACAAGCGAACCGACUACCGACGGUGGAAGUCCUCGGCAGAGAUCUCCUACGAAGAGGCCCUGCGCAGGGCCCGGCGGGGUCGUCGGGAGCCGGUGGGCGCCUACCCCUCGCCCGCCGUGCUGUCCUAUGCCAGCCCUUACGCCUACGUGGCCAGCGACUCCGAGUACUCGGCCGAGUGUGAGUCGCUGUUCCACUCCACCGUGGUGGACACGAGCGAGGACGAGCAGAGCAACUAUACCACCAACUGCUUCGGGGACAGCGAGUCGAGCGUGAGCGAGGGCGACUUCGUGGGCGAGAGCUCCACCACCAGCGACUCGGAGGAAAGCGGCGCCCUCAUCUGGUCCCAGUUUGUCCAGACCCUGCCCCUGCAGACGGUGGCGGCCUCGGACCUCCGCCACAACCCCACCAAGGCCUUUGUCAAAAUUAAGGCUUCCCAUAACCUCAAGAAGAAAAUCCUCCGCUUUCGAUCGGGCUCUUUGAAACUGAUGACCACGGUGUGAUCCAUGAAAGGCAUGGGUGUUGAGCCAGUGGCUUCUCAGCUCCCUCCCCCACCCUACUGAUGGAGGAAA